GACUACAUGGAAUGGCAUCGGCGGUGUUUGAGGGAACCUCCCUGGUCAACAUGUUCGUGAAAGACUGCUGGGUGAACGGCAUCCGCAAGCUGAUCAUAAACCCACGGGGCGAGGAAGAGGAGUUCUUCGACAUACGGACCGAGUGGUCGGAUAGAAACGUCUUGUACCUCCACCGAAGUUAUGCGGAUUUUGGACGACUUUUUAAAAGACUUUUGGAAUGUUUCCCGGAAGACAGACGACAUUUGUCAAAGUCACCUUUAAUAGAAGGUCUCAUGAAGAUUAAAGAUGCGAAGGACACUGAGGUCAGGCUGAAUGAAGUGGAGAGGCUUCUGAAGAAUGCCAUCAAUAUGCCUUGGAAGUUUUCCAGGUCAGAGGUCGUCUUAACAUUCUUUGAACGUUCGCCACUAGAUCAAGUGCUGAGGAAUGACAAAAUCCACAAGAUACAGCCAUGCUUCCACAGCCCCAUCAAGAUAUCAGAGAUUAUGAGGUCAAAUGGGUUCUGCCUGGCAAACACAGAGACCAUUGUAUUUGAUGAGAAUCUUCCUCAGGAUAAGGACAGACCAUCCUCUACAGACUCAGCCCAGUAUCUGUAUGACGAGAAUGGGAAAGAGUUUCAGUCUGUGGAACAGGACCUCAGUGAUGAUGACACAGAAGCCUAUGUCACCAACCUGUCCUACUACCACCUAGUACCCUUUGAGACAGACAUCUCGGAGUGAAGAAACAUUUUUUGUGUGCGCAGAUGCUGAUGCUUAAAUCUCCACUCCAACAGUGCAGAAAGCUGUUGCUGGAUGCCUGGUGGCUGCUAAUAGUCCAGGCUGCUUGCUAGCAGUGUUUAUAGAUGGCUUAUAGAGAUGGAGGUGUGGAUAUAGACAAUCCAUUAGGUAGGCAGUACAUAACUGUGACUGUUACUAGGCUGACCUGUGCCUAUGAUGCUGUUCUCACACAUGUGGUUUAGAAAUUCAGUCCAAUUUAAAGAAAGCAUUUCAAGCAAGUGAAAUCACUGUGAUUACUUACUGCAGAGCUGUGCUAACAUUAUAAGCAAAUGAUUGAGUACAUCUCGAAAAAUCUCAAACAUAGUAGCUGUGACUUUGUGAAAAUGUACAGAAAGUUUAUUCAGAAGAAUUCUGUAUCAACCAUGAUACAAUUCUAUGAUCUGCCAAUAUGAGAUUAAGUUAAAAAAAACAACAAAAAA